AUGACAAAAACCGUAGUCAUCCUAGGUGCAGGUUGGGCUGGUCUUCCACUCGCCCACAAGCUUCUCAAACACACCCUUCCCAAACUUGUUGACCUCAAAGUCAUUCUUGUAUCCCCGAACAGUCACUUCUUCUGGAAUGUCGCUGCCACUCGUGGGAUAAUACCGGACGCCAUCCCAGAUGAACAGCUCUUCCUACCAAUCAAGCCGGGUUUCGAUCAGUAUCCGUCCGAGAAUUUCGAGUUCCUCCUUGGGAAAGCAGAUGGAGUCGAUGCCGAAUCGGGUACUGUUCAUGUAAUCUCUAAUGAGAAUACCGGGCGCGAGAUUAGGUACGAUGAGCUGGUGAUUGCGACAGGGUCUCGGCUGGCUAGUGAUCUUCCCCUGAAGCCUGUUGGAACUCAUCAAGAUACCAUCUCGGCAUGGAAGCAACUGCAAAUUCGAGUCGGAGACUCAAAGUCAAUAGUAAUCUCAGGUGGUGGUGCUACAGGAACCGAAGUUGCUGGUGAAUUGGCCGCAAGAUACGGCUCUUCCAAGAGCAUCACCCUUGUUAUUAGUGGUGAACAACCGCUGGAAGGGGCCAUUGACUCAGUUCGCGCGUCAGUCACAAGAGAUCUCAAGACCCUAGGGGUAAAACUCAUCUAUAAUGCGCGCGUCACCGAAGCAAAGAAGGGAGAAAGAGGACAAGCGACAGAGGUGCACUUGUCCAACGGAAAUACCCUCACCACAGAUCUCUAUCUACCUUUGUACGGCAUCAAACUCAACACCUCGUUCGUACCGCAAUCGUUCUUAGACUCUGGUGGAAACAUCAAGCUUGACGAAAGGAUGAGAGUUGCCGGGACAAAGAACAUCUGGGGCAUUGGCGACGUUGGCAACAUCGACCCCAAGCAAUUGACCAUCACGGACAAUCAGAUCAUUCACUUGGCGACAGCUCUAGAUGUGACUUUGACGGGGAAGGGAGAUAUCAAGUCGUAUCAGCCUGCGACUAAGAAGAUGCUAUUCGUAUCACUGGGUAAGAAGUAUGCGACGGGUCAGAUUGGGAACUGGAAGCUGUUCUCAUUCAUGGUAUCGUAUGUUAAGGGGAGGAAAUUGUUUGUUGAUACAGCUGAGGGAUACGUGGGAGGGAAGCACUUGAGGCAUGCGGCCAUGUAA